UUACGUAUGGGGGAUUGGUCGAGAGAAGGGUGGAUCACCUUAAACGAAGUGAUGGCCAAAGAAAACCCCAAAACCUGAAACCCUAAAACCCUGAAACCCUAGAAGAGAGACGAUACUUUAUGAAAUGAUGUCACUCUUUCGUUAAUUGUUUUAUUCUUUUCAGGGUUUAAGCUACAAAGUCAGCUAUAUUUAUCUACCAUUUCCUUCCCAAAUAUACAGCCUCCACCUCUUCCCGUCGCAUCCAAAGCUCCAAACAACAGGGCAAAGAGGCGGAGGGACUGCCAUCUACGUAUGGAUUUGUCAGAUUCACAGGUCACAAAUUGGAGAGCCCGAAUCUGUUUCAAUUGAAUUGAAGUGGCCGGCGUCCCCAUCGUCUGUUUUGCAUAAGCUACUCAAUUACUUCUCAGAGCUGUAGAAAUGGCGGGGAAAUCAAAUAAAGGAAGAAAUAGGAAAGCAUCAGCAACCUCUACGAGUUCUUUGGAAGCAGCGAUUCCAUCUGCUAAUGCGUCUUUGAAAGAUAAUUCAAGCACUAUAGACUCCUCCAAGGCUGACUCCAAUGGAGUUCCUUCAAAGGAAGAGUCAAUGGAUACUAAAUUGGAUGCAACAAAUGCCGCAUCUAACGCGUCAAAACAGGGAGAAGGUGACCUUCAUCUCUAUCCCGUUUCCGUCAAAACACAAUCUGGUGAAAAGCUUGAGCUACAGUUAAAUCCAGGUGAUUCUGUAAUGGAUUUGAGGCAGUUCCUUCUUGAUGCACCAGAGACUUGUUACUUUACAUGCUAUGAUUUGAUGCUGCACACAAAGGAUGGCUCAGUUCAUCAUCUCGAAGAUUACAAUGAAAUUUCUGAAGUUUCUGACAUUACUACGGGAGGCUGCUCCUUGGAGAUGGUUGCUGGGUUCUAUGAUGAUAGAUCUAUAAGGGCUCAUGUGCACCGUGCUAGAGAAUUGCUUUCUCUCUCUACACUUCAUUCCUCACUAUCAACAUCUCUUGCAUUGCAGCAUGAGACAGAGCAAAACACAACUACAGAUUCAGCAAAAAUUGUAGUCCCAGAGCUUGAUGGCUUGGGAUUCAUGGAGGAUGUUACUGGUUCUCUUGGUAAUUUGCUAUCAUCUUCCUCGAAGGAGAUCAAAUGUGUGCAGAGUAUUGUCUUUUCUUCUUUCAAUCCUCCCCCAAGUUAUAGGAGGCUUGUUGGAGAUUUAAUCUACCUGGAUGUGGUAGCUUUGGAGGGACAGAAAGUUUGUAUCACAGGAACCACAAGAACAUUUUAUGUGAACUCAAGCACCGGAAAUAUCCUGGAUCCAAGACCAGCUAAAGCUUCAACUGAAGCAACCACCCUCAUUGGCCUCCUACAAAAGAUUAGUUCUAAAUUUAAGAAAGCUUUUCGUGAACUUUUGGAGCGGAAAGCUUCUGCACACCCUUUUGAAAAUGUUCAGUCUCUAUUGCCUCCAAAUUCGUGGCUGGGAGAGUAUCCAGUUCCUGAUCAUAAACGGGAUGCAGCCAGAGCUGAGGAUGCUCUGAAUCUAACUUUUGGCAGUGAGCUAAUAGGCAUGCAGAGAGACUGGAAUGAGGAAUUGCAGUCUUGUCGGGAAUUUCCUCAUGCGACUCCCCAGGAAAGGAUCUUGCGUGAUAGGGCUCUUUAUAAGGUGACUUCAGAUUUUGUAGAUGCAGCAAUUAGUGGUGCAAUUGGAGUCAUCAACAGAUGCAUACCCCCAAUUAAUCCAACUGAUCCUGAGUGUUUUCACAUGGUACUAGAAGCUGCUAAACGCCUUCAUUUGAAGGAACAUAUGGUUCUUGAUGGAUCUGGAAAUGUUGUCAAACUAGCUGCUCCUGUGGAGUGCAAGGGCAUUGUUGGUAGUGAUGAUAGGCAUUACCUUUUGGAUCUGAUGAGAGUAACGCCUCGGGAUGCAAAUUAUACUGGGCCUGGAUCUCGAUUUUGUGUGUUGAGGCCUGAACUUGUUGCUUCCUUUUGCCAGGCUGAAGCUGCAGAGAAGUCAAAAGGUAGAUCCAAAACUGAUGUUGAGUCCCCUGCAACCACUGAUUCUCCAUCUGUAAAUGGUGGUGUUGGGGUGAGCACUGAGGCAGAUGCUGCAGCUUCAGGCUUUCAGGCUCGGAUCCCUGCAGACAGUGAUUCUCCUGCUAUUAACGGUGUUGGUUUGGAGGCAAGCACAGAAGCAGAUGCGGCACCUUCCAACUCUCAGAGUACAAAAGGUAAAGAGGACAUUAAGGCUGCCAAAGACUGCAAUUCUUCACCUGCUGAGGGUGGUGCAUUAUGUGAGGAAGUACUUUUAAAUCCUAAUGUAUUCACUGAGUUUAAGUUGGCUGGAACUCAAGAGGAGACAACUGCAGAUGAAGAAAAUGUGAGGAAGGUUGGUUUGUAUCUUACAGAUGUUGUGCUCCCCAAGUUUGUACAAGAUCUUUGCACACUUGAGGUUUCACCCAUGGAUGGCCAGACUUUGACAGAAGCACUCCAUGCUCAUGGAAUCAAUGUCCGGUAUAUUGGAAAAGUGGCUAAUGUGACCAAACAUUUACCACAUAUAUGGGAUCUCUGUGUUAGUGAGGUCAUUGUUAGAUCUGCAAAACAUAUUGUCAAGGAUAUUUUGCGGGAAUCUCAAGAUCACGAUCUUGGACCAGCAAUCUCACACUUCUUAAAUUGUUUCUUUGGUCACAGUCAACCUGGAGGGAAAAAAGGUUGUGCUAACAGUAUGCCGUCCAAAACUCAAAAGAAGGACCAAGGAAGCCACCAAGCUUCAGGCAACUCAUCUAGGGGGCAAGCAAGGUUGAAAAGUGGAGCAUUUGCAGGAAAAAACCAAUCUCCAUAUUUGCAUAUUAACUCAGAUGGUCUAUGGACUGACAUUCAGGAGUUUGCAAAAUUUAAGUAUCAGUUUGAAUUGCCAGAGGAUGCAAGAUUGUGCGUGAAAAAAGUCUCAGUUUUUCGCAACCUGUGCCAAAAGGUCGGCAUAACAAUUGCAGCUCGCAUAUAUGAUCUUGAUUCAGCCACACCCUUUCAAGCAUCAGAUAUCUUGAAUCUCCAACCUGUAGUAAAGCAUUCGGUUCCAGUAUGUUCUGAAGCUAGGGAUCUUGUGGAAACAGGAAAGAUCCGAUUGGCUGAGGGAUUGCUUUCUGAAGCUUUCACAUUAUUUUCUGAAGCAUUUUCUAUACUUCAGCAAGUUACUGGUCCCAUGCAUCGAGAGGUGGCUAACUGCUGUCGGUACCUUGCAAUGGUUCUUUAUCAUGCUGGAGACAUGGCAGGAGCCAUCAUGCAGCAGCAUAAAGAGCUUAUUAUUAACGAGCGCUGCCUUGGUUUGGAUCACCCUGAUACAGCUCACAGCUACGGCAACAUGGCUCUCUUCUACCAUGGCCUCAACCAAACGGAGCUUGCUCUGAGGCACAUGUCCCGAACAUUGCUCUUGCUAAGUUUAUCCUGUGGCCCAGACCAUCCUGAUGUUGCCGCUACUUUCAUAAAUGUUGCAAUGAUGUACCAGGACAUUGGAAAGAUGAAUAUAGCUCUUCGUUAUUUGCAAGAAGCUCUAAAAAAGAAUGAGCGGCUUCUAGGCGAGGAACACAUUCAAACUGCUGUGUGCUACCAUGCUCUUGCCAUUGCAUUCAACUGUAUGGGUGCCUACAAACUGUCACUCCAGCAUGAAAAGAAGACACAUGAUAUACUUGUUAAGCAACUAGGGGAGGAAGAUUCGAGGACACGUGACUCGCAGAACUGGAUAAAUAACUUUAAAAUGCGUGAACUUCAGGUUAAUGCGCAGAAACAGAAAGGGCAAGCAGUGAAUGCAGCCUCCGCGCAGAAGGCUCUUGAUAUCUUGAAGGCCCAUCCUGACCUCAUACAGGCAUUCCAGUCUGCUACCACAGUGGGGUCUGGAAAUGCUGGUGCACCAGUGAAUAAAUCCCGUAGUGCAGCAAUUAUUGGGGAGAACCUUCCUCGAGGAAGAGGAGUUGAUGAGCGAGCUGCCCGCGCAGCUGCAGAGGUGAGGAAGAAAGCUGCUGCUAGGGGACUCAUUGUGCGUCCGCAUGGUGUCCCUGUACAAGCUUUGCCACCACUCACACAACUCCUCAACAUCAUGAACUCAGGGAUGACCCCUGAAGUUCCAAACAGUGGACAAUCAAAAGAGCCAAAGCCAGAAGUUGAUAACCCCAAGGAAAAUGGUCGAGGAGAUGCUGUAGAAAAUGGCCCCAUUGCUGUCCAACAAGAAGAAGGUUCUCCAAUUGGAUUGGGCACGGGGUUAGCUGCAUUGGAUUCCAAGAAGCAGAAGACAAAACCCAAAGAUACAACUUGAAAUUUGUUUAGUCUGAUUGCACGACAAGCAUCCUAGUCCAAGUUUUGGUUCGAUAGGUGAGUUGGGUAUUUAUUCUGCCAUUUUUUUGCAUACAGCUACCAUUCGUCGUUGAAUUGAGCAGUAAUCUCCCGGUGUUUCACUAUUGCAUUUUGUAUGGAAAGAUGUCCAUGUCAAUCUUGUAUUUCGUAUCUCUUUAUGAUCUUUACCCUAAAGUUCAAAUGCUUUGGGUCCAAAAGGGAUCCUGUCAAUUUCCACUGCAAGAAGGUAAAUUGUUGCUUGCAUAGGUGGAAGUUUAUCAAUAAUCUCCAUCCAGCUAGUAUUCCUAGUUAUAGUUGUAUGCCUUACCACCUGUCAUUGCUUGACAAAUAAAUCACAAUCUUUAAUAGAAUUUGAAUUCAGUAAAGGGGUCUUCUCUUUCAACCUAUUUAUUUGGGAACAAUUACUAAUGUUUAAAGGAGAUACACCUUUGAUGUUAUUUAUUC